AUGCUGUUUGGAUUGUGCAAUGCUCAAGCAACGUUUGAAAGGUUGAUGGAGCUUGUACUUACCGGGCUAAUUGGCGAUGCCUGUCUGGUCUACUUGGAUGACAUCAUCAUCGUAGGCCGUACGUUUGAGGAACACCUUCAAAACCUGGAACGCGUGCUCAUGAAGAUCCAGAGUGCCAACCUCAAGUUGAGUCCAAAGAAAUGUUUACUAUUCAAACGGGAAGUCAGCUUUUUGGGGUAUGUAGUGUCGGAAGGAGGUAUCCGCACGGAUCCAGAGAAAAUUGCCGCUGUCAAGGAUUGGCCGGUGCCAAAAGACAAGACGCAGGUUAGAGCAUUUUUGGGUUUGUGCUCCUAUUAUAGGCGAUUUGUGAAGAACUUUGCAGAUAUAGCCAAACCUCUGCACAAGCUAACCGAGGAGAAACGACAUUUCUGCUGGGAUGCAAGUUGCGAUAUCACAUUCCAGGAGCUCAAGGACCGUCUGUGCAAAACACCUAUUUUGGGGUACCCUGAUGCGGACAAGGAAUUUAUAGUUGACACAGACGCAAGUGAUAUAGGACUUGGCUCAACACACCGCCAAGUUGUGGUUGUGAUAGCGUACUUCAGCAAGUCGUUGUCAAAGUUGGAAAGGAACUAUUGUGUCACAAGACGGGAAUAG